AAAUCAAGUGAAGCCCACUCCAGCGAGAGCGAUGCUAUGAACACACACAGCAAGAGAGUGAAAAAAAGAAGAAAAAAGCUUGCUUCCGAGAAAAUCUUAGUUAAAGGAAAAGGAAAAGGAAAAAGAAACCCUAGAGAGGUUGGUUGGCUCUCCGAUUCCUCUCCCUUCCAAUCUGUCGUAGCUUGAUCCAGUUUCUCUUUGCUCUGGCAUUCGGAUUCCGAGGGAAAGUUAGGGUUUUCUUGCCGCAAUUCGUCGUCGCCAGAUCUGUGACUGGAUUUCACCCGCGAAGCGCCGAAUGCUGCUCUCCGGGGGCAGGUGAUUGGUAAAGAAGAGGUUUUCUGCACGCAAUUUGGUGGAUGGUGGGGGAACCUAGCUUCAGAGCUCGGAAGGGAAAGAGAUCAGAGGCCAUUGUGCUGUGGAAAUGUCUAGAACAAUAAUUGUGACUUUUUAUCACAGGCUAUGGUGGUAGAACCACCGCCUGACGUAUUCUAGAUGGAAGAUUGCAUGUCAUGGGAUAUUUUGUUGGAUGGGAGUCGUCAGUUUGGUGUGUGAGGAAGAGGGAGGGGUGGAGCUGCAGUGAGAAGGGACCUUGUGGUUGGAAAAGAUGCCUCCUUCGCCUGCAUUGAGGUGCUCUCCUGGAAGGGACCAUAGAAUGGAGAAUACACACAGGAGGGGCCGAAGCUUUGAGAGUGGGCUGAUGCUCAAAGCCAAAGACGACGAUCUUGCACUUUUCAAUGAGAUGCAGAAUCGUGAGAGAGAAAACUUCUUGCUCCAUUCUACAGAUGAUGUUGAUGACUCUAUCUCAAAAUUGAGAUACUUCUCAGAUUUCAAGCUCAACAUCAACAUUCCAGCUCGAGGAGAGAGCAGCGAUCUACUGAAUGCAGAUGGCGAGAAAAAUGACUAUGACUGGCUGUUGACUCCUCCUGAUACUCCUCUUUUUCCUUCAUUGGAUGAUGAUGAUGAUGAUGAGCCUCAAUCGGUUAACCUGGCCCCUAGGGGGAGGCCACGAAGUCAACCUAUUUCAAUAUCAAGAUCGGCCAUGGGUGAGAAGGUGCACAGGACAGGUAGAAACAGUGCCAGUCCGCAUCAACUAAGCCCGUCCCCCCGAUCUAGUUACAGUGCAGUUCAAUCGAGAAUAAGGCCAUUCUCAGCUCCUCGCUCUAGCCCACCUCCUGUUUUACGACCAACAACUCCUUCACGAAGGGCAAUAACUCCUCCAACUAAGCCAUCAAAACCAACUCCAAGGUCUUCAACUCCGACAUUACAAAGGAUGAGCACUGGUUCAAGCGGGCAGGUGUUCUCCUCUGGAGCAAGGGGAACUUCCCCAGUAAAGGCAAGUCGGGGUAAUUCUGCCUCACCAAAAUUUCGAGGUUGGCAAUCAAACCUCCCUGGUUUCUCCUCGGAUGCACCACCAAACCUCCGAACUUCUCUAUCAGAUCGGUCGACAUCACGUGUGAGGGGGUUGUCUCCGGCAUCUGGAAAUGGAAGGGAUUUAUCAUCAAAAUUUCGAAGGCAGUCAAUAUCACCUUCUUCUUCCUCGAGAAGUGCCAGCUUGUCACUUAGUCAUGAGCGAGAUCGCUUAAGCUCUUAUAGUAAGGCUUCUUCUGCUGAAGAUGAUGUGGAGUCGAUGCACUCUGUAUCUGUAGGAACAUAUGGCAGCUCCAUGGCAAGGAAAAAUGGAGCAUUAAUGAAUAGCAGAGCUAUGGCAUUCUCUAAGAAGCCAUCGAGAAUGCCAUCUGCGAAUUCUGCCCCGAAAAGAUCUUUUGAUUCUGCACUUCGACAGAUGGACCAUAGGAAAACUCCACAAAAUAUGUUCAGGCCACUUUUAUCAAGUGUCCCUACAACCACAUUUUAUGUGGGUAAAGCAAACAGUUUGCACCGGCCUAUGUUCUCUAGAAAUUCUUCACUCACAACAAGCAGCAAUGCAAGCUCUGAGCAUGGAGCCAGUGUUGCACCUGACAUGGAGGAUAGUGACCAUGAGCAGAGUGAUCUGGCUGGUGACUGGGGAAAGACUCAACAGCCCGAUACCCAAGAGGAGGUGUUUAUAUUUGAUAAAGUGGAUGAGCUAAAUGAAGAUGCAGGUCAUAGUAUUGAUGCACAUAAGCUUCAAAGCAGUAAUGAGUGUUCUGAUGAAGGGAUGGCCGAUAAAAACUUUGAAGAAGCUAUGACUGACAAAAUUGAUUCACAUGAGUUAGAAAAUUCCAUUAGCAAUGUUGGUGAUGCUUCAAGUAUUGCAGCUGCUUCUCAAACUUCAAAUGCUGCUAAUGAACAUUCUGAGGUUGGCUCUCAUGGAAUGACUGCCAUUUGCUCUAAAUGUGGAAAACACUUCCAUGUCAUGGAAGCGGAUGGUGAUAUGGAUGUCUGUGAAGAAUGUGCUGCAAAGAAUAGGCUUUUAGCUUCUGUAGAACUUGGGGCUAAUGUUCGUGUAACUCAUGAUGAAAUGGUUGAGCCUAGCAUUUCAAUUGGAAAAGAUAGAUUAUGUGGUGAAGUGCAGCUACAAACAGGAGUGCUCAAACUGUCAGAAAGGAAGGGUGGUGAAGUUAUGGUUAGUCAACAUGGAAGGAGCAGUGGACAAGAGCAACCCGAUUUCUUGGAGGAUGGUUCUCCAUUUCAGUUGGCAAAGGAUCAGGAAGAGCUAAACAUUUCUCAACAGCAAAUGGACAGCCAAAGUGAAGUGAGUAUUCCUGAAUUUGAUAAUAGAAACAAGUCUCAACAAUCACAACUUACAAGCCAUCCAAGCCUCAGGUUUGACUGUCCUGAAGGUACAGGUAUUUCGGUACUUCUAUUGCAAAGGUCAAACAGCAGCAAAUGGCCUGUUGUGCAGGGCAGAUCUUUAUCUGCUACAAAUAUACUUUGCUCUGAGCCUUCAUAUGCAAGAGAUCAUAUGAGUAUGAGUGUGAUGAGACGCAGCAUUGGUAGGGAUGGUGCCUCAGUUUCAUCUUCUGUUGAUCUGGGAUCAUCUAAGUACACGGACAUCUGUGUUCAGCGCCAAUUAAGCAGCAGGAAGGGUGAGAUAGACAAUGUCCGGAGUGAUUGUAACUCAAGUACUAGAAGUAUUGGUUCACAUUCAGAAAUUUUGAUUAAUGCCACUGAAGCUCCAGUUCUUGCCAAAAGUGAAACAGUAGCAGAUUUUGAAAGCUUUGUUGGGGGUACGGAGAAUGAGGCCCAGCAACAACAGUUUUCUGCUACUGAAUUACAUAAUUCUUUUAAAGGUACAGAGGCGAGUACCAUGGAACAUGCAUCUGUUGGGCAAGCCAUUGUUGAUGGAGAUGCAUCUGUCUAUGCUGAUAGCUGCAUGGCAUCGAAUGCAUCUGACUCACAAUCAUUGAGUCACCUAUUGAGCAUUAAUUUGCACGAGGCUUUCUUAGCUGAUAACCUAAAUGAUGAGGAAUGCACAUCUUCAAACAAAGCUGACGAAGCUUUCUGUGAAAAUAAUGAAAGAAAUAUCCGGGAUGCAGCAAUAAUUGCUACUCCAGAUUGCUCUACUAGUGCAGAAGAUCAUAUGCUAAUUGAUACCGGCUGUCGAGUUGACAUUUCUGAUGCUGCCACCCAUAGCUCUUCUAUUGUAGUCAUAGGAGAACAAAAUGAUCAUUAUAAUUCUCAAGACUCACAAACUGAGUGCACACCCUCCCAAAUAUCAGGUAACAUGGAGGAUAUCCAUGAAGGUCGUAUAUCCACAACGUCAGAUAAGGAUGCCUUCAUUUCUGCGACUCAGUCUAACAUUGCUGAACAUCAUCACUGUAUUCACGAAGAACCAACAGUAAUGGUUGAAGGUCCAAAGAAACAAAUGGUAAGAAGCUUGACACUGGAAGAGGCAACUGACACCAUACUCUUCUGCAGUUCUAUCAUUCAUGAUCUGGCCUACACGGCUGCAACAAUUGGGAUGGAAAAGGAGUUUGUUCCACCUGAGAUUCCCCGUCCAACAGUUACAAUAUUAGGAAAAACUGUUUCUGAUCUGAAAGACUCAUGCAAGAUUUCCAAUAAACGGAGUCCAUAUUCACGAAAGGUCAAACGGAAAAAGGUGGAGACUCUGACCCCAUUACCAUCUGCAGAAUUGGGAAAUAGUUGGAAAAAAUCAGAUUGUACACCUCCCAAUCCUGAGGUUUCAAACACGGUGGAUGGUGUAAAGCCUCCAAAGCUGGAAUCAAAAUGCAACUGCACAGUGAUGUAGAGAGUUCUAAUUCGUUCAGCGCAUAUAUUUCGAUGAGAAUUGCAAUGUUUGCCACGUUCUCCACCCUUCAGUCCAGUAUUUGUAGAGAUCUCUAUAUUCUUUCUGAAGAAUGAAAUUUAUAUACUUUCAGGGGAAUAUCAGCAUGUAUGCCCCCAUUCCAAUGUAUUUGUAGAAUAUGCCACGAGCUGGUAACGUUAUCUUGCAAAAUUAUUGUCUUUUUGGUCCGUUCACGAGGUGAAUCAGAGGUUUGAGACAGUCCAUCUCACUGUUUUCCUGUUAGUCUCGCUUUGUGCUGAUGAUCUGCUGUUUUGUUUUGCAUCUUCUGAGGAAAGGGUGCAGUAUGAGUUAUUCUUUUGUAAAUUCUCUUAGUAUUGCUUUUUGGUGAGUAACUGAAUGUUUGCAUUUCAUGAACUUUAUUUUAAGAAUUUGCUUGAAAGGGGAUU